AUGAUCUGCGCCUGUCCAGCAGACAAGCCAGUUCUGCAAGGGGAUGAGUGCGUACCGCAACAGUUCACAAGAACAGCCACACCUGGAGAAUCAUGUGAUCGAAACACAGUAUGCACCAAGGAGAGCAGUUGUCAAUCCGGUCAAUGUCGCUGUCAAUACGGAUUCAUCGCAGUCUCUGGGAACUGUGUGGCACUCCCAAUGCCGACAACACUCGCAGUGAAGAAUGUUGUGCUGGCGAGACCGCUGGACAGCUGUGACAACGGCGAACAGUGUGAGGGUGGCUCGAGGUACAUUACCAGAUAA